CUCCAUUUUCUAAUUUAAAAGUUCUGAAGAACUUUUUAUUUAUAAUUUAUUUAUGAUGAUUUAAAAAUGCCUGAAAACGUAACCUCAAAUUCCAGCAAAAUUCCCUUGCAUUAAAGUGGUGUUUAAUGGCUUUCCCCUGUUAGUUGAAAAUUAAAUAUUGAUAAAGAGACAUCCACCCACAAAUCCACAAUUAAACAUAACAAAUUAUUGUUCCAAUAAAUUCUUCCCCAUUUUUUUAUUUUUAUUUUUUUUGUGAAAAAAUACAGCAAAAAAGCCAAAGAACAGAUUACCCAACUCAUCUUUCAAGAUUCCCAAAUCUUUGUUCCAUUUCCAAAUCCUAUUAACACUAAAAUUCUUUCCCAUGAAUUCCCUUAAUAUUCAUUUUAUUACAGUAAUUUCAUACAAAUUCCUUGAUUUUUGUUGGUUUAAUGGGUGGUUAAGGAGUCUAAUUUUCUGAAAAUAUCUCAUUCAUUUUACGAAAUUAUUAAUAAGAAGCCUUAAAAUGGUGGUUCCUUUAAUGAUGGAAAAGUAAAUAAGUUUUGAUGGUUUCAUUUUGUUGUAAAGUAAGGCCAGAUAUGAACACCCAACAAGAAAAUGUAGAUACAAAAACUCAUGUUCGAGGUACCUCUCUCUACGAACUAUUACAGGCAGAAAGAUUACAAUCAGAACAAGAACAGGCAGAAAAACUACAGCCAGAACAAGAAUGGGCAGAAAAACUACAAUCAGAACAAGAACAGGCAGAAACACUACAAUCAGAACAAGAAAAGGCAGAAAGACUACAUUCAGAACCAGAUCAGGCAAAAAGACUACAAUUAGAAAAAGAACAGGCACACAAGAAAUCCGGAAAACAACACCAUAGGAAAACAUCAGCAGAAAAACCUUGUAAAAGCAGCAAAUCAAAAUCAGAAAAGCAUGGCCCACAAAAGAAGUUAGAGCAACUGCUAUCUCACUGUGGCAAUAGACACUGCGCAGACUGUGGCAAUCCAGAACCGAAAUGGGUGUCUAUGGGUGUUGGGGUAUUCAUAUGUAUCAAGUGCUCUGGUAUUCACAGAAGCCUUGGAGUACAUAUAACAAAGGUUUUAUCAGUGAAGCUGGAUGAUUGGACGGAGGACCAAGUAGAUGCCCUGGAAGAAAUGGGAGGAAAUAUAGUAGCCAACAAAAAGUAUGAAGCCUGCAUUCCUGGAAACGUAAUUAAACCAAGACCAGAUUCCGCUAUAGAGGAGCGCUCUGACUUUAUCAGGAGGAAGUAUGAGCUACAACAGUUUUUGGACUCAGAUGAGUGCAUAAUGUGUCCAUAUCCACGCCCUACAUGUUCAUCAACCUAUCGAAGUGCAUCAACCUAUCGAAGUGAAUCAACCAAGAAUCUAAUGCUAACACUUGAUAAGAAACACAUAGAGAAACAAGUAAGCAGCCUUCGUAUUCCUGGAAUUGGGAAUGCGCUUCGUAGUGGCCGACAUAACUGGAAAAAGAAAGACGAGCAUAAACAUUCCAAAGACUGUGAUUUGAUGGCAUCACAGCCAGGUAUGAUUGAGUUUGUCGGACUGAUAAAAGUAAAUGUGGUAAAAGGCACGAACCUUGCUAUCCGAGAUAUGGUGUCUAGUGACCCAUAUGUGAUCCUGUGUCUGGGACAACAAUCGGUGAAGACUCGUGUUAUAAAAAACAACUUGAAUCCAGUGUGGAAUGAAAAGUUGAUGCUUUCGAUUCCAGAAAGUGUGCCUCCCUUAAAAUUGGUUGUGUAUGACAAGGACACCUUCACAACAGACGAUUUUAUGGGGCAAGCUGAAAUUGAUAUCCAACCUUUGGUCUCUGCUGCAAGAGAUAUAGAGCAGGCAAGACAUAAUGAGUCAACCCUACUUGGGACGUGGGUAGCGAGCAGCGAGAAUACACUUCUAAAAGACAGCAUUAUAUCCCUUAUAGAUGGGGCAGUCAAGCAGCAAAUGUCUAUCAAACUGCAGAAUGUAGAAAGAGGAGUCCUAGACCUCGAGCUCGAAUGCGUCCCGCUCACACAAUAGAAGGGGUUCCUGAAGUAUACGAGUGAGACCCAUCAAAUGUCACGUACGUAUAGUCGUAUAGAUGCUUGAGUUGUAUUUUUUGUAUACAGGAUAGUUAGCUCUGAGCUUACUAGUAAGGAAAUGUAAAUCCCUCGUUUUGUUGUGUGUCUGUUAUUAAGUGAAGUAUGUAACGUUGUUGGUUAGAACUUACAAACACACUGAUGUUAUAGAUCUCGUAGUAAUCACCAAGUAUAGACGCCUACAUUUGUCCA